AUGAGACUAUUCAGUACAUUGGCCCUAUACGUGGUCGCUGGUCUCGCACUUCUCACUGCCGCUGUUCCCACUGUCUUCGACAGCAUGACCGACGUCUCGCCAGUUGAAUACACGGAUGUGACUACCGCCACAUGUUGCGAUUGGAGCCCACUCAAAGUCCACCACGGCUUUGCCACUGUGGAAGUCUGGGUUGGCCGUCCAGCCAUCAACUCAGGUUUUUUCAUAGGCGAACAAUGGAAAGAUGGAAUUGACCAUGUAACGAAAGCUCUUUGUGCAGAGCGCGAUGGAGAGUGCGUCGAGGGCGGCGCCUUCAACACACCCCGCUAUUGCAUAAAUGUCGAAGAAGUCACUAAGUUGAAACCAUUUCCUGUUGAAUGGAAGUGGACCAAGUUGUGCUUUACAGCGAGAGGGAAGUGGGAAAACCCACAUAUCCAUCAGCUUCUCGUCGAUUCAGUUGCUAUGGUCAUGGUGGGGUUCACAGAUGACGCUUACAGCAAUCCCAACUGCUACGAAUUUCCCGGCAGGAUGAUGUGCAAUAUCCCAAAUGCAGUCCAUGUCCGCCUCCCCCCUAUUGGCGGCCAGAAGAACUCAAGGGUCAACUGGAUGGACAUCGAGAUGACAGACGGUGGUGCUGUUCAGCAUGAAUUCCAUUGUUGCGAUACGCGCAAUAAGGUCGAUGCGCGGCUCGACACGCUACAAGACCGGAUGAAAGAAGUCUUUCCUGUGGAAUAUGAGAAAUUCAGGUUGGUAAAUUGCAUGGUUAACAGCUGGAUGACCUGCGAACAAUGUUACGAGAAGUUCAACGUCGAGAACUGCAAGAAGUGUGGCAAAAAGUGCAUAAAGCUAUAA